CACUCAACAAUUUCUUAUUCAAAACAAAAAACAAUAACAUUAUUAUUAUUAUUAUUAUUAUUGCUAUGGCUUCAAACAAAGUUAUUGCCACCAUUUUGGUGCUCUCUCUCUUAGCCUACUCAACACUCACUCAUGCCAAUUGCCCACCAAAAAAAGCAACUCCACCACCUUCGCCGCCGGUGACGCCGCCACCGUCACCAAAACCAACACCACCAACUCCGACUCCGUCACCAAAACCAACACCCCCAACUCCUACCACUCCAUGUCCACCAACUCCAACUCCACCUCCACCAUCCCAAGAAAAAUGCCCUAAAGAUACCCUAAAGUUAGGUGCUUGUGCUGACCUUUUAGGGCUUGUUAACAUCAUUAUUGGGACUCCACCAUCAAGCAAGUGUUGUGCAUUGAUUAAGGGUUUGGCUGAUUUGGAAGCAGCACUUUGCCUUUGCACUGCAAUUAAGGCCAAUGUGCUUGGAAUCAACUUGAAUGUGCCUAUCACACUUGAAUUGAUCCUUAGUGCAUGCCAAAAAACUGUCCCUCCUGGCUUCCAAUGUCCUUAAAUCAUUACUAGGUUUCGAUUUUUUAGAAAAAGUAAAAAUUUACGUACAGUUGUCUUCACGUAAAGUUAACAGUUGAGAAUCCUUAGUUGAAAAAAUGUAUCUAACGAUUCUCAAUUAUCAACUUUAGAUGAAGACAACUGUACGUGAGUUUCUAUCUUUAAAAAUACUUGCAUGUUUCUAGAAAACAUUUAAUUCAAAUUUUAGAAACUUUCACAAUCACGUCUUUUUUAAAUAUAAUUUUUAGGUCAUUUUCAAACAUUACACUCACUCAUCUUAAAAUGUAUGUGUUUUUGGAUGUAUUGAAAAAUGGAGAUAUCUUGACAUAAUAUACAUAUAUUGUGUUUUUGAUAUAUUAAUUUUUUAGUAUAUCCAAAGAAAUAAAAAUGAAACUUAUUUUAAGAUGAGUGAAAUAAAUAAAAAUAGAUGAUUGUGAAUGUUUCUGAAGUAUAUCUUAAACGUGCUCUAGAAACAUACAAAAAUUUCUUCGGAUAUAUAUAUAUAUUGUAUGAGAAAUUUUUUGUUAGAUGCUAAAUCUUAUUUAUGAUGAAGUAUCUAGCUAAGAAUUUCUUCUAGAGUGUGGUUUAAUUUGCUCUACUAUUAUGAUUGUUAAUAUUGUUGCAUUGCAUGUGUUGUUCUUGUCAUCAUGUAAUUGUUUUAAGACGUUGUUUUGUAUGUUGGAAAGUGUUGGUCAGUUGCCUUUGUUAUUAUUGGCGAGUCUCAUCUGAACACUACUACUGUGUACGAUAAAUAUAUGUUCAGUGUAUAUUUUUAGUUUC